GUUCGGCCGGGAGGGUGAUUCACGCGGGCGGUGGCCAGGUUGGGGCGGGCCGGUGCGGGAGCGGCUGCAGGUCGCCGCCAGGAGGCCCUCUACCCUUCGCCUUCGGUUGGCAGUCCCUGUGGGCUCUGAGGGGGCUGAGCCCUGGCCCGGGAGACGGGGAGUGGUGGGAUUCGAACCUGCGCCCAGCCACCCUCCCGCCUCGGGCCUGGGAGAGACCGGAGAAAUCUGAGCCUCAGGCUGCUGUUGAACUGGAGGCCUCGCGGUGGCGCGCACCAAACCUGUCCAGCGAGUUUGCAAGCCAGGCGUGGGGGGAGGGGGCCGCCCGAGGCCCCCUCUCCCGCCACUCCUCCAGGGUCCCAGGAACAAAGGCUGAGUGUUUGCUCUGGGGCUGUGUGGACAAUGGCCCAGGAAUUCUACCCCUGGCGCAGGGAGGGGCCCCUCCGGCCUAAAUUGCCCUCCCCCCAGUCUGGUUCCUGCCCUCGGCUAGGAACCGAGGGGUCGGUCCUGACUGAUUGCUGAGGCCAGGCUCUCCUCCCACGUCCCAGAAGAGACCCCUUUUGGAGUGGACCAGGUGCCAGUAGGAAGUCCCCAGGGGGCGUCUGCAAACUCUGGGCAUCAUUUUCUGAGAACUUGUAUUACUUAUUUGAACAUUCGUGUGGCACUUAACUGUAUGCCAGGCACUAAGAGACAUGCAAAUUAAAACUUUUCCUCCAAACAGCCUGUGAAGGAGGUGCUGUUAUGACUCCCAGUUUUCUCCCAGAGAUGUUCAGCCACCUGCUGGGGAUCACACAGCAAUGGGGAGGGCAGGUGUGGAGAUUAGGCUGUGUGCCACUGCUGUGCGCCAAGUGCUGGGGGCCCAGGCAGACCCGGCUCCCAUUCUGGAAGCCUCAGUACAUGAACAGUGCACUUUUAAAUGGUGGCAGGGGCCCUGAGAAAAAUCCUGGGGGGUGAUGCAAGGGUGGGAGGCUCUGGUGGUGUCUGCCAUGGGGACGUAGGGACAGAUUCUCGUGCUCUGAGCUCUGCUGCCUGAGUCCCAGGAGAGCCCAGCUCCCAGUCCGAUUGGGGGUGUCUGAAUCUCUAGAAGAAAGGGCUGGGGACAGGAGUUAGGAGGGUGACAGGCACCCUGUAUAAGCCCCUGCCCUGGUCAGGCUGUGGGUAGAGGGCUCAACUUACUUUCUCAGCAUCUUCUAGCCCUGCCCCUCCCCCUCCUGGGCCUCUCUGCCUUCCCCUUGCCCUCAUUCACAGCAGUCAGAGAGAUCCUAUGAGAACAUGCUCCCUCCCUCUGCUCCAGUCCACCUGAGCCCCCACCUCACUCAUGGCUCCCAACCUCCUCCCCACCCCUGCCGCAGGGCCCUUCUCCCCAGAGCUCCAAGCCCUCCAGGCCCACCUCCAGGCCUUUGCACUGGCCAUCCCUCUGCCUUGUGCUUGUCCCCAGAUCUGCCCGGAACUUCCCCCUUUAAGCCACAUUCUCUGUGGGGCCUGCCUGACACCCUCUUGAGCCAGCUCCGGGAUUCCGGUCAUCUGAACGUGUUAUUUUUAUUCCCAGCUCCUCUCAGCUCCACCAGGCAGACCCUCUGUUUUCUCUGCUGAGUCUUUCCCAUGAGUGGUGCUGGGGGGCGGGGGGGGGGGGUCCUUGAAUUUGGCCUUUGGGAGCUGGAGUUGGCCCUGCCCUCCUCCUGCUCUGGUAUUCAGGCCCCAGCAGAGCCACACCCUUUUACACGUAUGACAUGCCCUGCCUGGGACAAAGGGCACCCUGCCUGGCUUGGUCUCUUGCACCCUGGGGAGCAGGACUCCUGUGCUGUGGCUGUGCCUAUGGCUCCUGAAUGGACCUUCGGACUGAGCUUCCAGGGCCUGGCUGGCCCAAGGACAGUGGGUGCAUGCAGGCCUCACCCUGCCUCCCUGCCUUUCACCAUCCUGACAUUUGUGAACGCUCCAUACAAGCGAGGCUUCUACUGCGGAGAUGACUCCAUCCGGUACCCCUACCGUCCAGACACCAUCACCCAUGGGCUCAUGGCUGGGGUCAUCAUCACAGCCACCGUCAUCCUGGUGUCGGCCGGGGAGGCCUACCUGGUGUACACAGACCGCCUCUACUCCCGCUCUGACUUCAACAACUACCUGGCCGCCCUUUACAAGGUGUUGGGGACAUUCCUGUUUGGGGCUGCAGUGAGCCAGUCGCUGACAGACCUGGCUAAGUACAUGACUGGCCGGCUGCGGCCCAACUUCCUGGCGGUGUGUGACCCCGACUGGAGCCGUGUCAACUGCUCGGUGUAUGUGCAGGUGGAUGUGUGCAGGGGAAGCCCUGCUAAUGUCACCGAGUCCAGGCUGUCUUUCUACUCUGGACAUUCCUCCUUUGGGAUGUACUGCAUGGUGUUCUUGGCGCUCUACGUGCAGGCCCGGCUCUGCUGGAAGUGGGCACGGCUGCUGAGGCCCACCGUGCAGUUCUUCCUGGUGGCCUUUGCCCUCUACGUGGGCUACACCCGCGUGUCUGACCACAAGCACCACUGGAGUGAUGUUCUUGUCGGCCUCUUGCAGGGAGCGCUGGUGGCCAGCCUCACUGUCCGGUACAUCUCCGACUUCUUCAAAGUCCGGCCCCCGCAGCACAGCCCAGAGGAGGAGGAGCUGGAGCGGAAGCCUAGUCUGUCACUGACACUGACCCUGGGCGAGGCCGACCACAACCACUAUGGGUACCCGGUCUCCUCCUCCUGAGACCCGGAGCUGCUUCCAGCUGGGUUCCGUGGUCCUGGCAGGUCCCUCACCUGGGAUGGUGGUGAGGGCUCUGGAUGCCCCUGCUGGAUCCUGGAGCAAGUUCCACUGACACACCUCAUGUGUACUGGACCAGGGGUCUGGGGGUGCCUGGGGCAGCCCUAGCGUUUGGAGGGGGACCCUUCCUCAGGACCCCUUUUGUUGGGUUUGGGAAGGGACCAAGUAAUCCUGAUGGAUGCUGUUUUUGUAAAAUGUAAUGUAUAUGCAGAUUUUUAGUAAAAUAGGGCAUUUGCUUGACAAAUGUGAA